AGCCAAACGACCUUCUUCUUCUUCUACAAAGAACUCACAGUCGUUCCACCACCACGCGCACAAAUCUCCGCGAACAUCCCACCUCCUCGCACGGUGUUACUCACGUUCAGACCGCCCGCGUUCGAGCCUCCGCGGGAAUCCCACGACUUCGCACCGCUACCACCGCUCGGUGUCGCAAACGCCUCCACGAUGGGGGAGCUUGCAGCUGAGAAACAUGUUCAAUACAUUUUAUCAGUAGAAAAGAGAAAGGAUGAUUUAGUAUCUGUUGUGAUGGAACAUCUGAGAAUGAAUGGGGCAUACUGGGGUUUGACAACUCUGGAUCUUCUAGGAAAGCUUGACAACGUAGAUGUUGACAAGGUUGUUUCAUGGGUCAUGGAAUGCCAGCACGAAUCAGGUGGGUUUGGUGGUAACAUUGGACAUGACCCUCACAUACUGUAUACUCUGAGCGCCGUACAGAUUUUAGCCCUUUUUGACAAGCUAAAUGUUCUUGACGUUGAUAAGGUGACUAAUUAUAUUGCUGGGCUGCAAAAUGAAGAUGGAUCUUUUUCAGGGGACAUGUGGGGUGAAGUUGAUACACGGUUCUCUUAUAUUUCUCUUUGUUGUCUCUCAAUAUUACGUUGUUUGAAUAAAAUCAAUGUGGAGAAGGCUGUGAGCUACAUUGUAAGCUGCAAAAAUUUGGAUGGUGGAUUUGGAAGCACACCUGGUGGGGAGUCCCAUGCAGGGCAAAUUUUCUGUUGUGUGGGUGCACUUGCAUUAACAGGAUCAUUGCAUCAUGUUGACAAGGACCUUCUUGGGUGGUGGUUAUGCGAGCGGCAAGUUAAAUCUGGAGGUCUUAAUGGCCGUCCUGAGAAACUUCCCGAUGUCUGCUACUCGUGGUGGGUUCUUUCUAGCUUGAUCAUGAUAGAUAGGGUUCAUUGGAUCAAUAAGGAAAAGCUUGUUCAGUUCAUCUUAGACUGCCAGGAUAUGGAAAAUGGGGGUAUAUCUGAUAGACCGGACGAUGCUGUGGAUGUCUACCAUACGUACUUUGGGGUGGCUGGACUCUCACUUCUUGAAUAUCCAGGAUUGAGAGCCAUAGAUCCAGCUUAUGCACUGCCUGUUGAUGUUGUAAACAGAAUUUUCUUCGGCAAAUAAUUCUCUUUAGUCAUCCUCUAUAACAUCACUGGAAGCAAUUUGGUACCUUUUUUGUUUCUCUGAUAACAUAAGGAACAUUAAGAUUGUAUUGCUACAUAUAUAAAGCUUCUCCAAUGCUGUUUUCGGUA